GGACGGAGCCUGGGCCGCCGCUGCCGCGAUCGCAUUAUCCAGCCCGGCCCUGCCCCGGGACCGCCGCUCCCGGCCCUGCUGGGCAGUGCCGGCGGCUUCCUUCAACCAUGCCGCCCGCGGCUGGGAGCCCUGCCGUGUGCCCGGGCCGCCGGCAGCGCGCUGACUCCUGGUGAAGAGCUGCGGGGUUUUACCGUUUAACGUGUGUGUCACGGCUGCAGUGGGCUAGCGGGGCCCGCAGGACCCCCUGAGCACGCCGCCACUUAGAUUCAAGAGCAUUUUAGCAUCUCCUUGGGGUGCUUCCUUCUUUCUUCAGUUGGCUCCAACAAGCAUCAUGAGGUUUCUAAGUAGUUUUACCACACCUUUUGAUGCCUCCAAAGAAGAAGUGUACCCACAAGGCCAGGAAGGCAGAGCUGGUUUUCCUUGAGCAGCCACGGGCAGGACCCAUCCAUUGUUAUGAAGCUCCACUGCAUUUGGCUGAGAAUCCCAGACGUGUGCCUACAAAACGUGUGGACCUGAACACCUCUGCUGCCUGGGUGUGCCCACAAUUUGACACAACUAAGCCAGUGGUGUUGAAAGCACGCCAGAAGAAGCAUCGUGGUCCUCAGAAGUCCUGUAAUCAGGAUGCCAACCACAGUUCAUUUCAUGCAGGAGGAGCUUGUAGAGGACCUGUAGCCUGCAGAUUUCCUCCUUUAACUUUUGAGAAUCCAAAAGGACAUGUGGUCCCUCCGUUGGAUGAUCUAAAUUGCUUGAGCAAGAAUGCACAGUGCUCUCCCAACCAGCCUAAGAAAGGGACAGCAGCAAACGCCAACAUCCAGGUGAAGACUCUAGAGGACUGUGGAGAGCUUAUUCCCCAGCCUGUGGAGCAAGAAGUCCCUAGUCCAUCAGAUGCAGAGGCUGCACAGGUUCCUUCCCCAAGGAAUGGGAGAUGCAGCAACACUCUAUCACCAAGUAGUCAUGCCUGGCACCCAGAAGAAGCGUUGCCAUUUGGUAUUGAUCGCUGUGGGAGAGGGGAGGCGGCAGCAGUACUGGUUACAGAUACUCCCGAGCAUGAGUAUGGAAUGAAGGUCACCUGGAGGCGGCGGCCGCACAUAAUGAAGUACCUGCGGGAGCAAGGGAAGCUGAGCGCUGCGGACAUCCUGGUCAAGGCAAACAUGGAGCUCCCGAGGGGACAGGCCCACACCUGACCUGGCGGGAGCAGCGACUCGCUGCGUGCAAGGACACGCCCGGACAGAUGAUGGCCCUGAGGGGGCUUAGAGGGGACCUGAUUUUAGCCAGGCCCUCUAUUGCGCCUGGCAGAGCCUCCGAGAAACGCCGGGGCGGGCGCGGGGAGGGUCUUGGCGACGGAAGCGGGGGUGGAGGGGUCAUUUGGGUCGGUCUUCCCUGGGGAGGUGUGUCUGGUAAGGGCUCUGGCAAGGGCUCUGUGCCGCACGCGCUUCCCGCCGGGACUGUUCCCCGCUCCCGGCGGAGGCGGCGGGCGGCUCCCGCACGGGGCCACGGGGGUGGCCCUUGCGU